GGAAGUGCACAGUUUGGGAUUGGUACGAAAUGUAAGAGCAGUGGACGCGGAAAACCUUGGCCAAAAACCUUCAACUGGUCACGGGCAUCGGCACUCGGCACCCGCUCGGAAGCGUGAAUCGUACCGGAACUGCAUGUGUCCUCGCGUUUGUGGCAAUGGAUAAGGAUCACGAAGUUUUGCUCAACGCGUUCGUGAUAGCCAAGAAGCGGUACCGUGUUUUCUACAACACCGGAAUCCUGGUGUGGGAAGAGGAGUCAUCGAAGAAAGCAAAAGUUACGGUUCCGAUAACGGAUGUUUUAUCAGUGAUCCUAUCGAAGCACGCCAACGGGCGCCAGUCGUUGAAGCGCAGCAAACCGCCAGCGUCAGCAAGAUCCAAAAACGAUGCCCACAACGGUAGCCUGGACAGCGAUCGUAUCCCCGUGCUGUCCAGUUCACUCUCGUCCACCACCACCAACACGCUAGCAACGAACAGCCAGAGCGAGAAUCGCGGCAGCCCCGAUGAACUGUCCGACCGCCACGAGAAUAGCUUCUACGAUAGUAUACGAUGCGCGAGUGGCAACUAUUUGAUCAUCCACUAUGCCACCUUGGUUUGCACCAAAACAUGCCGAUGGCGCGUAAAAUCCGUGGCACUGCACAACACCGAACAACGUAUCGUAGACAAUUGGUACACGCGGCUUUCGGCCGAUCUACGAGAUCAAAAUCGACCAAAAAAUUUGCUCCUGUUUUUGAAUCCGUACGGUGGCAAGAAGAACGCUCUCUCGUUAUACGAGCGGUACGCAAAGCCGCUCUUCCGCUUGGCUGAAGUUGACAUUAAUCUGAUCAUAACGCAGCGGGCGCAACAGAUCUACGACAUUGUCACGUCGAAGAGUAUCGCACUGGAGAGCUACGAUGGGCUAGUGUGCUGCGGUGGCGAUGGCACCGUUGCCGAACUUUUCAACGGCCUCGUCAAUCGUACGAUGACGGAUUUAGGGCUUGACGUGAAACAUCCGCCGUACUUGCCGAAACCAAACAUUCCGAUUGGAGUCAUUCCUGCCGGCAGUACAGAUACGGUUGCGUACUGCCUGAACGGCACCACCGACAUCAAAACUUCCAUCAUUCAUAUCAUCCUGGGGCAGCACAGCGGGCUGGACAUUGCCGCAGUGUACGACGCGUCAACCAUGAAGGAAGCGGAUCCGACCGAUCGAUCGACAAAACCGCGACCGCAGCUGCUGAAACUGUACGCUAGCGUCCUUUCGUACGGAUACUUGGGCGAUAUUGCGUACGACAGUGAAAAGUAUCGCUGGAUGGGACCGAAGCGUUACGAAUACUCCGGUUUUAAGAAAUUCAUCCGCAACCGAGGCUACAAUGGAGAAAUUGUAGUCCACGUCGACCGAAACGGAAAGCACGAUCCGGACGAUGGUGUCCGGUGCGUGGAAAAGUGUUCGCGCUGUUAUGGUGCCGCGUUCGGGUUGCCCGACGGUAACACCGGCAACGGUAGCAGUAGCGGCGGUGCCAGCCAACAGAGCCAGCAAACUAGCGAAGCGAUCGUGAUAAACGGGAAGUUCCUUAUGGUGAACGGUGCCAAUAUUUCCUGCUCUUGUGAGCGAAGUCCGCAAGGCUUUUCGCCCUUCUGCCACGUGGGUGACGGUAUGCUAGAUUUGGUCAUCGUGCGCCACACGUCGCUCUUCAACAACCUUCGCCUUCUACUGACGAUGACGUCGAAAAGGAAGAAAAUUAGUGACUUGCCGUUCGUGGAAAUCUAUCGCACGAAAGAGUUUCGCUUCACUGCGCCACACGCAGAAUCGGUCCGCGUUUCAAGGUGGAACUGCGACGGAGAAGUGAUGAUCGAAACGAACAUUAUCGUUGAGUCUAACUGUCAAUUGGUAAACGUGUUCCGACGGGGAAUAAUGGCGGGUACGGGACGAACCGCUGGUGAAAGAGGUGGCGAGCAGAGCGCGACGACAUCCGAUGCCUUACCGAUCGAUGAUAAAGGAUCUAGCUGCUUUGGUUUAUGCAAAUAAUUUGCAUAUGGCACAGCAUUAGCCAUUUUUGUUAUUUUAGUCUUUUCCCUUACAACACUUUAAGUGGGGUCUGUGGCUGGUUGGUGGUUAGGUGUGAGGAUUACUAUUACUGUUUUUGUACAUAUCAUUCCCUUGCAUUGGUAAGCCCCCGCCGUUUUUAAUUCUCCCUAGUUCCUUCUACUCAAACUGCAUCGUGAACGACUAACUGUGAUUAUAUCUUUACAUAUACAUAUAUUUACUUUUUAGAAGCUUUCUUUUACUGCUGCAAUUUGGAACAAAAAAAAUCUUGCAUGAUCGCGCAUCCACGUGUGUCAUGCUCCUUGCCGAACAACCAAAACCUUUGCUGGAGGGGUUACGUGCAAUCUUUCGGUUAAAAUUCGUUUGUAGCUAGUGAUUCGGCCAUUGGAAUUAAGGUUGUGCCUGAAAUGGGACAAUAUCGAAAAGGCGAAAAGUAUUGCUCAACAAAGGAAGCUGAUAGUAAUACACGAAGUAGAGUGGCAAUCAUCUUUCCGUUGGUAUAGUAACGAACCAAAGUAGAUUCAACAGUGGAACAAGCAAAGCAUCCCGUAUUAGCGACAGUAUUUGAUGGAAAUGCCCGUUAGUGAAGCUUCAGCUAAUCUUGAGGUGGUUAUAUUCCAAUCCUAUUUUGUUCAGCCAACUCUGGAUCAGUGACUCUUAGUACUUGCGCUUCGGGGGUUUGGGUUUGAUUAGACCUUCGCGACACAGUGUGCCUCGACAUGACGCAACGCUACAGGUGAAAUUCACUAAAACACGUGUAAGAAUCCUUCCACCUGGAAAAGACGCCGUAUCCCCGAUAAACGCUUUAUGGGCGAGAUGAUCAAAAGAUUGCCCGGUAUUAUGCGCCAGUCGAUAGGAUUUAAAAGUUGGCCUUUAAGCAAUGACACAGAGGUGCGCCCCCAAAAAGGAAAAUAACGCAUUCCAAACAUUCGACAUUAAACCGUAGGCAUUUUUUCUUUUAUUACAUCAGCUAUUGAGAGAAUGGAUAAUAAGUUCUCUCCGCUUUCUUGGAAUUGAAUCGGACAUCAAUCGAAGCAAUAAUUGACUAUUAGGAUUAAGGUAUUUUCUAGGAAAACUUAAAUUGUAUGCGGCUAGGUGAGGUGGUACACGACGAAACAAAUUUUGUGAUCAACACUGGUUCCGGAGGCUCAAUUUACUACUCGCCAAAUAGGGACGGACAGGACAGCUCAUAGACAUGUGAGAAUCGAAAACUUUUUGUAAAGGUUCACGGUCAACGAUAGCUUAUGCGAUAGCAUGGUAGAUGACUGUUAAUAGAAAACGUGACGUUGAA